AUGAAUUUAUUCAAGCAAAAGGAAAAGCCGCCAAGUUCUAUAUCUCAUAUUUUAAUAAAUAAGCAAAAAGCAAGGUUCCCCGAACCGCUGAUUUCGAUAAGGCAACUGGAAGAGAAGGACAUAAACGAAGUGAGGCAGCUGCUGCACGAUCACUUCAACUCGCUAACACUGCCCGCAGUUAUAUACUGGUCCAUACAACACAUUUAUGAUUUGCUAGUCAUCGUGGUGAUAAAUUAUAUCUUUUUUUUGGAUUUAAAGAAAAUAUUUUAUUUCCUGAUUAUAUUUUUAAUAUAUUUGUACAUAAGAGCAAAACUGGAAUUUUUAAACCAUAUAAGAAAUGACUGCCCAGAUUUGGAGAAUUUAUAUAAAAGCUACAUAAACGUGGAGGGUUGCAAUUUUUGGGUGGCCGAGGUGUUUGAUAAUAAUUUUGGCUCGGCCAGCAGAACGACAUGUAGUGAUAUACACGAAAGGGAAAAGAUUUUACUGGAACAGGAGGAACAGGAGAAGCUGUUAUGCAGUGAGAAGGGGGAACAAGAAGUAAAAAACUCCGAUGAAGAAAAUGAUGGCAAGUACUUCAAAGAUGCGUCUCCAAAAAGUGGAGCGUUCGAAAGUGGUGAAGAAUCGAAUGAGCCAAAAAUGUUACAGAAAAGUGGCUGUAAUGAAGGUGAAGACAGCAAUGUAAGUCCGAACCAUUCCGAAACGGAAAAGAACGUAAGCACAAAUGGGGAUCAUAAAAACAGGGACUUCAGUCAAGCCACAAAUGAUGAGAAAAAUGGAACCAAAAGGAAUGUUGUCAAUAUGAUGGACAUUGAGGAAUGCACAUCACCUAAUUAUAAUGAUAUUUACUACAAAGUGAGUAGGAAUUCGCCCAGUGGUGUUGCAGUCGGGUUGAAUACCCAUCAAGGGGGGGAGAACCCUUCGAAUGACACUCGAGACGAAGCUAGGUGUGAUAGUACGUCGGAGCUUGGGAGCACAAACGGUACGGACGAGGAGAAGGGAAAAAAAAGUAAAGGAAGAGACAGUAAAAAUGGGAAGCAUGGUAAGAACAGUCAAAAUAGCAAAUGUGACGAUGAGGAGGACAAGCAGAGGGGAAACAUUACAAGUAGCGACACCAAUCAUGACAGCAACGGGAGUAACAGCCGAACGGUGGAUAACGCCACCGAUCUGCAGAACAACCCGCCCAGUGGAAGUGAAGAAAAAACAAAGCUCCUCAGCAUAGGCGAUAUUGCCAACAGGGAGAGGGAGCUCAUCGAAAGUAGGAGGACUGUGCCAUAUCGGUUGAACGAAAUUAGGAAAAAUAUAUUCCAUUCCAGAACGAACGAUGAUGAUGAUUCCAACUUUCGUUUUGUGAACAGAAAGAUAGUCGGCUGUGUAGGAAUUGUGCCAUUCAAGGGAGACAAUUCUAUAGCACAGCUAGUCAGGAUGGUCGUAAAAAAGGACAAUCGACGAAUGAGAAUCGGAAGCAGGCUGCUAACCCAACUGGAAAAUUUUGCACAUGAACAGAAUUACCAAGAAUUAAAAGUUUUCACAAAUAACUUAAAUACAGACAGUUUAUAUUUUGUUAAACAAAAUGGCUUUAAUUUAUCUCAGAUUGUUCGGAGGGGCCUGAUGCGGGGCGAUCUGCUCAUCUGGUCGAAGAUCCUAAACAAGGACGAUUUUUACAAAUUUAAUUCGUCAGGUAUGAAGCAGUAUGUUAAGUCGAUGAAUUUGGGGGAGUACUGA